CAAAAGUGGAAUGAAAGAGAGAAGUGGGGUCAGGUGGGGGCGGGAGAAUAACCUUAGAAUCGGUAAUAUUUUUUAUUUUUGUAGGAUCAUUUAGAUACAUUGUAUUAGACCAUACUAUUAUCAUUUUAUAGCAAAACAUUUAGGGGGGUUCUUUCAUAAUGUAUCUGAUCAUUUCAUAUUUUUUUUCUCUCUUACCAACCCAUAUAAAUCUUGUUUCAAUUUAAUGAUUUCAUUUCAUAUUCACAUAUUUUUUUCAUCAACCAUUUUUUUCCCUAUAAACUUCUUUCUAUAGGGUUCUUCUUUUCACCUUGAUUGAUCAAUUUGUUAAUCUUUGUAAUGUGCUUUGGAUUUGCUGUUAAUCUUGUUCAGCUCUUCUGGGUUUUGUUUAUAAUUUCUGGGUUUCUCUUCAAUUUUGAUUCUUUUGUAGAUUUUCAACUUCAAUUUCAGUCAUGCCGACUCUUGUUAACUACAGUGGGAAAGAUGAACUACGCAAUGAGAGUGCAUUCUGUGCUAACUCAAUGGUCAAUGUGGAUGUGUUUGGUUCUGCUUGCAAACGUGCACGCAUCAGUGCCCCGUUUGUACUCUGGGAUCAAGAAUCUGAGCAAGCGACGAGAUCAUCCAUCAAUGUUCUUCCCGACGAAUGCCUCUUUGAGAUCUUCAGGCGAAUGGCUGGCAAAGAGAGAAGCAUCUCUGCUUGUGUCUCCAAGCAAUGGCUUACUCUUUUGAGCAGAAUCCGCAGGGCUGAAAUAUGCAACAAUGACACUGCUAUGGUGUCUGAGGACAAAGAGGUGGAUGGCUGUCUUACGAGGUCUGUGGAAGGGAAGAAAGCUACAGAUACUCGACUUGCUGCUAUUGCAGUUGGAACUGCUGCUCGAGGUGGACUUGGGAAGCUUUCUAUUCGGGGAAGCAACUCUACUCACGGUGUCACAAAUGCCGGUCUCUUAGCUAUAGCUCGUGGGUGUCCAUCUUUAAAAUCUUUGUCCCUGUGGAAUGUUUCCUCUAUUGGUGAUGAAGGCCUUUCUGAGGUCGCGAAGGAAUGCCAUAUGUUGGAAAAGCUUGACUUCAGCCAGUGCCCUUCUAUUACCAACAAGGGUUUAAUUGCUAUUGCUGAAAAUUGCCCGAAUUUGACAACCUUGUCAAUCGAAUCAUGUCCUAGAAUAGGCAAUGACAGCAUGCAAGCAAUUGCUCAGGGCUGCCCCAAACUGGAAUCAAUCUCCAUCAAGGACUGCCCUUUAGUUGGGGAUCAAGGUCUUGCAAGUUUGUUUUCAUCAAACUCAUCAAUUGUGUCCAAAGUGAAGCUUCAGAACCUAAACAUCUCUGAUUUCUCUCUUGUUGUCAUUGGCCACUAUGGGAAGUCCAUCACCAGCCUUACUUUGAGCAACCUCAAGAACGUGACCGAAAGAGGGUUUUCAGUGAUGGGUAAUGCCCAAGGUUUGAAGGCUUUGGUGUCCUUGUCAAUUUCUUCGUGUUUUGGAGUGACAGAUUUCAGUAUCGAAGCCAUUGGCAAGGGCUGCUCCGCCCUCAAACAGAUUUACCUCCGCAAUGGCUGCUUCAUGUCAGACAAUGGUAUAUUGGCGUUCUCAAAAUCAGCCGAAGCUCUAGAGAGCAUGCAUUUGGAAGGUUGCAAUAGGAUUACUCUACCUGGUUUGGUUGCCGCCCUCUCCAGUUGCAGCUUUAAGUUCAGGUCACUUUCCCUUGUCAAGUGCAUGGGUCUUAAGGAUGUGUCCUUCCAAGGUUCCCUCCUCCUAUACCCUUGCAUAUCCCUUCGAUGUCUUUCCAUCAAAAACUGCCCUGCCUUUGGUAGUGCUGGCUUGAGUAUUUUGGGUAAGAUGUGUCCAAGCCUAAGGCAGGUAGACUUGAGUGGCCUCUAUGGGAUGUCAGAUGAGGGUAUUAUCUCGCUUCUUGAGAGCUCUGUGGCGGGGCUAGCUAAGUUGAACCUCAGUGGCUGCAUAAACCUGUCCGAUGAAUCUGUUCUUGCUGUUGCUAGACUCCAUGGUGAGACCAUCAAAGAGCUCAAUCUUGAUGGGUGCAGGAAGAUUUCUGAUAUGAGCUUAGUGGUCAUUUCUGAUAGCUGCCCAUUGCUUAAUGAUCUCGAUGUCUCAAACUCUGCAGUAACAGAUUCAGGCAUUGCUGCUUUAUCAUGCUCAGAGCAACUAAACCUACAAAUUCUUUCCAUAUCAGGCUGUUCUAGGAUAUCAAACAAGAGCUUACCGUACCUUAUCCAGUUAGGAAAAAGCCUGGUUGGUUUGAACCUCCAACACUGCAAUUCACUUAGCAGCAGUGGUGUUGAUAUGCUCAUGGGUAAUCUGUGGAAAUGUGAUAUUCUUUGCUGAAUAUCACCGCCAUCUUUAGUUUUUCUGCUCGUGAUAAGUUGCUUGACAGUUACAUCAGUUCAGGUUCAUUUGUUUUCCAGGGGUAUCUUUUGGCAAAAAUUGCAUUACCCUGGUCAUUUUUGCGGGAUGAAGCAGCCCGUUUAGAUUUUGUCUCCUGCAGAUGGGAGACCCUCCUUUUUACGCACCAUUGAUACCCUUUUGAGUGUAUACCUGCCUGAUGAUGUUAAGCUUCUUAGUCAUGGGUAAAGUCGAGUUUUCAAGCAGCCGCGGACAGGAAUAUCUUUCUGCUAGAGUCGCCGUUCAUAUGUUUUGGAGUCUUUGGCUUCCCCUAGUUAGUAGUUGCUGUUGGUGAUAAUAGGAAGAGUCUUGGUCAUAGACUUUGGUGAUGGCAACGAGUUUGAAAGCUCAUUUUGCCAUUGACAACCUAUUCAAGGUUGUUUUUUCGGUACAAGGUCUUAGUUUUGUAUGGCUCUUCCUAUUUAGUUUGAUCUGUAGUUGGCAACUAUUUUAGUUUAAAACUUUAUUUUCAUUACAAAAAAAACCUUGAAAAAUACCAAAAAAAUCAAAAAAAUAAUAAAAAAAAAAUAAAAAAUUGGAGCUUUCUGCUUCA